UGAAGCGGGAGAGUGAGGGGGGCGGGACUUUUCAAAACUCAUAUUCGUUUUGGCGGGACUCUUCAAUUCCAUCCCCCUCCCUCGUAACUGGUGUCUGUCUGUCCGUCUGUGAGUGAGACAUACAAACAUAUAUAUAUACUACAUACAGCAUACUCGAGAAAUUCUCUUAUGUUGUUUGUUUGAUAGGAACGUGAGGUGAGAAAGUGCCAAGAAAAUAAAAGAGUUACUAGUGAAGUGAAGUGUGUGAUUAUGGAAAAUAGCAAGGAUUCUGUGGAGGAGCAGCAGAAUGGCCAAUACAGUCUUAGAAGCGGGCGACCAAAGAAGAAUGAGACAGAGAAGAAAGCGACUCAGAUUCAGACAAACAACACAAAAUCAUCGGCUAAGAGAAACAAGACAAAAAAGAAUGGAGAUUUGGAUUGUUUAGGUUCAGGUAAGGAUCAAAAGGAGGAGGAAGCUAAUUCUCGGAGGAACAGAGCAAAACGAGUGAAAGAAGAGACUCCAUUGAUUCGUUCAAGAAAGCGAGAUGAAAAUGGGAACAUAAUCGAGUCAGUGAUGUGUCAUCAAUGUCAGAGGAAUGACAAAGGCCGUGUUGUUCGGUGCCAGAGGUGUAAGACCAAACGAUUUUGCAUUCCUUGUUUACACAGAUGGUAUUAUUUUCUUCUACCCCUUUGUUUUUGUGUUUUUUGAAUUCGCUCUAGCACCCUGAUCAUUAUUUUAGUUUCAUAAGAAAUUGUUCU